CGUGGCGUCUUUGGCCGGCGGCCGCCUCGGGCAAAGAAAACCAGACUGUUGCUCCGUGUGUUACUGUUUAGUGCUGCGGACUCUUCUGUCGUACGUUCCUAACUUGACAGGGAACUUACAUUGGGGGGAAAUAAAUAACAUUUUAUUCGCUUAUUAAACACUCAAGACGAUGAAUGGUAAGUCAUCGAACGGUGCGGCUGGAGGAAUGGCCUGUAUCGAGGGUCUACCGCCGCUGCCGAAGAGCCUGAGCGGCUUGCUGAACUCGAGCGGCGGCUCCUGGAGAGAAAUGGAGAGGAUGUACGUGAAGAAAACCAUGAUCCAGGACGACCUGAGCCGAGGCAGGAACACCGACAACCUCCUGGCCAACAAGCCGGCCAACCUCGACGCUGCCCUGGCUCUUCUGCGAAAAGAGAUGGUGGGUUUGCGUCAGCAGGACAUGUCGCUGCUGUGCCAGCUGUGGUCGCUGCACGAGUCCAUCCAGGAGUACAAGGGCAGCUGCCAGGACCUGAGCGCCGCCUCCAGCCUCAGCAUGAUGGAGAACGGCUACUUCGACGAGGACGACGAGUACUACACGGAGCCCGGCGCCACUCCCACGGGGGAGCAGCCGGACGGGGACGUUGGAGACGGCGCGGCGACAAUGAGCAAGAACGGCGGCGGCCUGAGCAGCAGCAGCAGAGACGACAGCUGGGACUCUUUCCGCGUCAACAUCUGAGGCCUCGGUGUUUCUCUGCAGAUGGAAGGACUUUUUUUUUGGCACAAACGGACCUAGUGAAAGCUGGAAACCCACUGGCCUUUUUGAGAAGGCGGUGAUUUGGUUGGAGACAGCAGCUCUUUAACCAGAUUUAAGCACCAGCUUCAGCCUUUAACCCUCGCUCCUCCUCCUGCUCAGGUGAAUCUUUGACCUGCUUGUGCUGCAGAUGUUUCAUCAGACUCUGGAGCUGAGCGCUUCCCGGGUGUCCUGACCCUCACAAACCCUCAGGAUUGUAUUCAAAGACUCCAUUUACUCCAAAUUAAGCAAAAUAUACCUAUCUAUAUAUAUAUAAUAUACAUUAUAACUCUUUCUAUAACCAGCUCUGCUGCUGCUGCUUCUGUAUCGAGCAGUUUCAACAGCCAGUCUCACUUUUCUUUCUUUCUCUGUCUUUUGUUAUUUACGUAAUCAAGAUAUAUGAACAAAGUUUUUAUUAUUUAUUAUCUAAUAUAAAUAGCGAGUUGUUUGCUUCACUGUUUUUCUCAGUAGAAGGCGCAGCAUCUGCAGAACUAUGGGCUUCAAACGGAAACAAAGAGGAUGGGGAUUUUCAAACGUUAUAAUCAGUGUUGAUGCAAAAAAAAAAAAAGGGGGAUUGACGUGGAAGUGGUGAACGUGUUUUGUUGUGUUUUUUUUUUUUCCCCCCGGUGGUAAAUCUGGAAGACCUCAAGAAUGGGGAUGAAGAGCUCUCUCACACCUGUGGUGUUUGUGUUCAGCGGUGAGCGAGGAGCAGACAUCUGUUUUUGAAAAAUGUGAAAUGUUGGAGAGAAGAAAAAAAAAAAUGCUGGAAACUGUUUCAAACCACGAGAGGAAGCCUGGUGAACACAGGCUCACGGGGUUUAAACACAUUAUGGAUGUUAUUUGUUUUGUGUUACUCAUGUGAGUAUCACUAAUUAUUAUCGUUCUGCUUCAUCAAAACUAUAUAUUUGUUUUUUUGAGUUGUGGUAGUAUCAGAUGUCACCAAGAUUAUAGCAGCAUGGCCCAAAAUUUAGCUCUCAGAUUUCAACAGUUAUUGGCAGUAAAGUUCAUAGAAACGCCACUGAAAACUACAAAAACUGUCAUUUAAAGAUAAUUAUCCCUCAAUACAGGUGGGAGGUGCUAACCAGUGUGUGGCAAAUGAAAAAAGAGCCUAACCCUGAAGGUUAAAGGGCUAAAAUAACAGUUAAGCCUUUGUCUACGUAAUUUGUUUGAUAAAAAUCUGUCAAAAAAUGUUGAUAAACUCAGAUUGUCUUUGGUCAACUUCUCGUAUUAUUUGCAAAUGCUAGUUGUAACGGGGUUUCUUGAAUUGUGGUAUAGUCUCGCGUGACCACAGUAGUCUCACGUGACCUGGAUAGUCUCAAGUGAUCGCAGUAGUCUUGCCUAGCCUCGGUAGUCUCACAUGACCACGGUAGUCUUGCGUGACCUUGAUAGUCUUGUGACCGCGGUUAUCUCACGUGACUGCAGUAGUAUCGACUGACCUCGAUAGUCUUGCAUGACCUUGAUAGUCUCACGUGACCACUGUGGUCUCACGCGACCACUUCACUUCAUGUACUUCAUUGCCAUGAUUAUUCACUCAAUGUAGGCCGAGGUCUCACUCACAGCACCCUCUGCUGGACAGAUUGUUAAUUGCUUCUUUAAAAUGUCUCGUGCACUUCUAGGCUUUGAAUAAUCAUUCUGAAAUGUAAACAUUUAUAUUUUCAUGAUGUUCCAGACUUUAGUGCUGUGAAAUUCUCUUGCAUAACUUAGAAAAUUUGAAAACAAAAUUUUAAUAUCACUGAAUGAGUCCACAUUGAAUCAAAAAUGGAUUGAUUGUAGCGGAAGGAACUUUCCAUCACGACUCAAAACAAGAUUGGAACAGUUCUCUUCAGUGUUAAAAAAGUGGACAAAAGAUCUCUACACAAAAAAAAUACCUGCCUUAUCUCUUUCAUAAUCCUUUUAUAUUGAAGAAAAAAAAACCCGCAGCAAAGAUCUCGUAGCGCGUAACAUCAUCGUAGCGUCAGCUCACAGUAGCUCACGGCUGAAAGCCCGUCUGUACAAUAAUAUCAUGUCGAGUAUACGUUAAAAAAAAACAAUUUAGGUUAAUAUUUGUGUGUAUAGAUCACGUGACGUCAUCUGUAAUCUGUACGUGUGUGGAACACAAACCAAAGAGAGCACAGCACUCGAAAAAUGAAAUGUAUUUGGUUCACGGUGCUAAAAAAAGACGACUAAAAAAGAAUGAAUGGUUGCUUUUUUUACUAAAAAAUUAUGUACAGAACAUAAUCAUAUCUGAAUGUCUUUACAAGUGAUAAAAUGUUGAAUUAUUCCUUUGAUGGUUUCAUGAUUAUUUUUUUUAAUUAAAAUUGACGUAAAAUGAAGGUUUUCCUGCUUUUAAAUAUGAAAAGUUUACCAGCUUCAUAUCAUCUUCAUUACAUGUCUACAAAUUCUUUUUUAAAACAAAUAAGAAAACAAACCUAAUCGAUUGAAUCUCUCCUGGAGCUCAGUAAAUCUGAAUACUACCUAUAUUUCCAGUCAAUUUAUGAUAUAAUACUUUAAAUAAGUUUCAUUUGAGCAAAUAAUGUGACUGUCGCUGUUUAAAAGUGUAAAAUCAAAUCUAAAUCAAGGCCUUUUUAUUGGAUGUCGACACAUGUAGUGCCUUUAGAAACCUUCAGGGUCUAUGUUCCCCUUAAAUAAAACCCUUAUUGUGCUGAUGUUUGAUGAUGUCCUCAUUGCAGAAAUGAUGUCUGUGUAACCAAACCUUUUCAUUUGUGUUGUGCUUUUUAUUAAAAACCCAGAAAGUCUCGCUAAAGAUAAGACACAACUUCACGUCUAGGUUUCCCUCACUUCUUUCUUUCUUCUUAACUUGUUUUUUCACAGUUACAAUGUUUAUUUGUUUCUCUAUCAAAGGUUAAUUUACCAUUUUGUUGAUAAAGAACCAGUUGUUGAUAUAAGGGUCGACUGAUACUGGUUUUUCAUGGCUGAUAAUUGAUUGAACUGGCCCAUAUACUGUAUUUAGACAAUUUUCUUCUCUUUUUUUUUCUCCGUCUAAAAUAAAAUAUAACUGUUUAAUUAUAAAUAAUGCAACAACAUGUGCUUAACUCUACUCUUAUCUGCACUGUAGUGCAAUUAUAUACAGUAUUUUUUAAUAAAAUAAUGUUUAAAUUUAAAACGAGUCAUCAAAAACGACACAAAAAUCUACUUUUUGUGACAAAAUGGAAGUUUAAGUAACAUUUAACAUUAAUUAGCAAGUUUCUGAGAACACAAAUGUGUAAUUUGCAAUAACUUGCUGAUUUAAAAAGAGGACUAAAAGCCAAAUAUUGGUGAUGCUUGUUAGCAUAUUCCCUCAAAAUGAUGUCCACUUGUUGAUCUGGGGCUUAGAAUCUAUGAAAAUAAUUACUUGCAAAAAUAAGAAUUGUUUUAAAAUUCUACAUAUAUAUUUCCUAUAUUUUCUGGUGAAAUUCUAAUAUAGAGGUUGAUUGACUGUAGCUAAAAUCCAGCACAAACACGUUUUUUAAACAGUGCACUAGCUAACUGGCCAUUAUUGUACCAUGUUUUUAUGUAUGAGAUUAUUGGAUUAUGUGUAAUGUGGUGUUGCCCUAAAAAAAGGAAAAAAAACCUAUAUUAAAAUGUGGUGAAUAUUGGCUUGUUUUUAUGUUAGAGGGACAAAAACAUCUAAAAAAAACAAUUUCAAUGUGGUGUUUUUUUGUUAUUCGGUUGUUGUUUUUUGUCCCAGUCCCUUAAAAGGUGUGACCAUAUGCGGACGAUAUAAUGAUCUACUUAAAGAUGUUGUAAAUGUGUGUUUUUUGGCCAGUUUUUCUUGGUUUUAAGCAACAUUACAGUCUAAAAGUGGCUAAAUUUACAGGCUACUUUCAAGUUUUCGAGCCCAGCUAAAUUUGCUAACCUUAUUGGCAGAUUAUUUUUUCUUAAAACAAGAAUUUUUAAGAUAAGAAUAUUUAGGUUAUUUCCAACAAGGCUGUUUUUUUUACAGUGUAAAGUGGCCUCACAGCUGCACUUGAGUGGUCGUUUGGGAAGUGUGUACAGGAAGACCGACGUGGAAGUGGCUGAACUGAAAAUAGCAACUUCCAUUCACACAAUAACCUGAUCAGAGAUGAUGAUGAUAUUUAAUGAGUAGGUUUCGCCGGGGAGAUUUAAGGUCACAGGUUUCAGCCGCCUAAAUCUUUGUUUACCUCCCUAUAAAAAGCCCUCAAAUGUAUGAAAACACAUUUGGCUACGUCUCUCCCGGUGACAAAAACAAUCGUGUGUGUGGAGAUUUAGAAAUGAGCAGAAUUUUCUUCAACCUUUUAUGUUAGGAUUUAUGUGUAUUUGGAUUUAAGUAAUUUACCAAAUUGACUAAAGGUGGUUUGUUUACAGUUUUACAGAUAUGGCUGUGAAUUAGUCGCUACAUUGCGCACAAAUGUUGCUCGUUUCACGAUUUAUGUUGUGAUUUGGGUCACAAUAGUUUUAAAAAGUGGGUCCAAAUAUAGAAAGUUUGGGAAACACUGAGCCCUGAACAACCACACGACUGUUCCUUUUAACAAUAGUCUCAAUGCUUUUCUCUCAUCGCUGUUAUUCUGAUAUUAAUUUAAUAAAAAUGAUUCCUUACUUUUAAGGUUUGCUGUUUGUUUGUGUGGGUUUUUUUGCACAGUAAUAAAAAUACUUCUCGAGAUUA